AGUGGUGACGAUAACAUUAACAAAGACGAUGACAAGGCCAUGAUCACUUCGCAGCAAUCAACUACAGACAUGUCGACAACUGAAAACACGCCUUGCUCAACUCCGAAACUAGACGUUGAAAUGAACGAAUUAGACGAAUCGAAAUACGGCGAGGAUUUGGAGAAAGGCAUUAUAGGCUCACUCAAGUCAGAAAAAAUUGCUGAAGCCUUAGCAGAGUGCAAAGUCUUAGUGAUUGGAGCAGGCGGUCUUGGUUGUGAAAUUCUGAAAAACCUUGCUUUAACGGGCUUUAAGCAAUUGCAUGUUAUUGAUAUGGAUACGAUUGACCUAAGUAACCUUAAUCGACAAUUUCUGUUCAGAAAAAAGGAUAUUGGAAAGCCAAAAGCAACUGUAGCAGCAGAAUUUGUAAUGAGUAGGGUGCCUGGAGUAGAAGUGACAGCAUACUUUGGAAAGAUUCAGGAUAAAGAUGAUGAUUAUUACAAGCAAUUUAAUUUGGUUAUUUGUGGAUUAGACUCUGUAGAAGCAAGACGUUGGAUUAAUGCCAAACUAGUUGAAAUGGUAGAUGAAAAUGAUAUGUAUAGCUGGAAGCCACUUAUCGACGGUGGUACAGAAGGCUUCAAGGGCCAGGCACGUGUUAUUUUGCCCACUAUGAGUUCGUGCUAUGAAUGUUCUUUGGAUAUGUUUCCUCCAGCCACCACAUUUCCCAUUUGUACCAUUGCAAAUACUCCUCGAUUACCUGAGCAUUGCAUUGAAUGGGCUUCUGUCUUGGAAUGGCCUCGUGUUUAUGGCCCAGAUAAAAAAUAUGAUACCGACAAUCCUGAGCAUAUUCAUUGGCUUUACGAACAAGCUUCUAAACGAGCAAGUCAAUUUAAUAUUACAGGUGUGACUUAUUCUUUAACACAAGGUGUAGUAAAGAAUAUAAUUCCUGCUAUAGCAUCCACAAAUGCUGUUAUUGCAGCUUCUUGUUGUAAUGAAGCUUUCAAAAUAGCAACAGGCGCAGCACCUUAUUUGAAUAAUUAUAUGAUGUAUACAGGAAAUGACGGUAUAUAUACGUAUACCUUUGAACAUCAAAAGAAGCCAGAAUGCCCUGUUUGUGGAUCAGAGACAGUAACUCAUGCGUUUAAGCCAACUAUGACUCUUCAGGAAUUGAUAGAUUGGUUAGGUGAUAGACCAGAUACUCAAUUGAAAAAGCCAAGCUUACGUACUGCUUCUAGUACACUUUACAUGCAAGCUCCCAGAACUCUUGAAGAACAAACACGUCCCAACCUCUCCAAAAGCCUUUCUGAACUGGUUGAAAAUAAUGAUUAUAUUACUGUUACUGAUGAUGCCUUGCCUGUCAGUUUACAACUAAAGAUACAAUUUACAACUUGACCAUAAAGAAUAAUCCGAAUAAAUGAGCAUGAAUUUGGAAAAACUGUCACUGUAUAAUUGAAGC